AUGCGCUACGGCGGCGGUGUGCUGUGCCUGGCGCUCCUGCAGCUCGUCGUGGGGCUGUGCAUCCUGGGUAUCUACGAAAAGUAUAAGAAAGCCUGGUACAGGCAGUUUGCUGAAGAAGCAGAGGAGGGUGAUGUGAACAAAUUGGCUUAUGUGGAUGGUACCACGCCGUCUGACUACCUCUUCUACAUUUCGAUCUUCAACAAUGUGUUCAGCAUCUUUGGUCUGGCGGGAAUAAUCCAUUCUCUCAAGGAGCUUGUUUUGGCGUUCUUUUUCUUCAAUGCCAUCCAGACGGUCGUUGCAUUCCACUACUUUGUGGAUGUGGUGGCAAACCUGAGCCUUAGGGGAGGCAUUUGGGAGACCGAACACAAAAUGGAAAGCUCCGCAGCUGCAUUCAUGUUCUUCAACUUUGCACUGUCCCUUGUGGCGGCGACUUUUGCAGUGAAGGCGGUGGACGAGAUCAAGGUUAGGCAAAGAGAGGAGUACAACCGGCUUGCUGUCCUAUCAGACAACCUCCAGUACGAGGCAGACAACGACAAGCCGUGA